AUGUCCAUUAUUCGCUCAAUUAACGAAGUGAUUCAUCCAGGGGAAGGAGAUUUGACCUUCAGGGACGAGAAUGUCAAGAGUCCGUUAUGGGUGGCAACAUCGAAUAGUGUGCAUGGUGACUUUUUAUGGCUCGAAUCGAUUGCAAAAAGUCGAUUCAUUUGCCCGAUCGGAGCACGAGUUCUAGAAGUUAAGGAAGAUAAGUUCAGAGUAGUCGAUGACUUUGGCCAGGAGCAAUGGUUACCAAUUAACAAUCCUUAUCGCGUAAUGCAUGCAACUUCUGUGCAAGGCAUUGAAGAUAUGAUCAGUUUGAACGAUUUGCACGACGCUGCGCUGCUUCGAAACCUUUUCGUGCGCUACAAUAACAAACUCAUCUACACUUACGUCGGUUCCGUGCUAAUAGCAGUAAAUCCAAAUACGCCUUUACCAAUUUAUUCAAUCGAGCAAAUUCGGUUAUACCAAAAUCGUCGAAUCGGUGAGCUACCACCUCAUAUCUUCGCGAUCGCAAACUCUGCCUACUGCAAUAUGAAAUCAAAUAAUCGGGAUCAGUGUAUCUUUAUUAGCGGAGAAUCAGGUUCAGGCAAAACAGAAUCUGCAAAAUUGGUCAUCCAAUUUCUGGCAACUAUAUCUGGUCAACAUUCCUGGAUUGAGCAACAAGUUUUGGAAGCAAAUCCAAUCAUGGAAGCAUUUGGUAAUGCAAAAACUAUACGGAACGACAAUUCGUCACGCUUUGGACGUAAUAUCGAUUUGUACUUUACGAGCGACGGCGCAAUCGAAGGUGCCAGAUUUGAGCAUUAUUUGCUGGAAAAAUCUCGAAUUCUCUCACAAGCGUCAGAUGAACGGAAUUAUCAUAUAUUUUAUUGUCUUUUUGCCGGCUUAACUGAAUCGGAGAAACAUGAACUAUCACUAAGUAACGUGAAGGAUUUCUAUUACUUGAAUCAGGGUGGUGCAGUAGAAAUAGAAGGCCGAAAUGAUGCAGCCGAUCUGGCCGAAAUCCGUUCUUCCAUGAAAGUCUUAAUGUUCAAAGACUCCGAAAUUUGGUCCAUUUUUAAAAUUCUUGCCGCAAUACUACAUACUGGGAACAUCAAAUAUAUCGUCACAACAAUGGACGAUAUAGAAACCGUGGAAAUCAGAGAUACAGAUGAAAUCGAAAGAGUUGCUAAUCUUCUUUUAGUAGAAAAGCAGUCAUUGGUGAAGGCUUUGACACGUCGCAAUUUACUGAUUGGAGUGGAACGGGUUGUAUCAUAUCUGAGUGCUGAACAAAUUCUUAAUGUACGUGAUGUCUUCGUCAAAGCAGUCUAUCAUCGACUUUUCCUUCACAUUAUCGAAAAGAUCAAUGAGGCUAUGAAUGGAGUCCGGAAAGAGAGGUCACAGAAGAGUACCAUUUCAAUCCUUGAUAUCUUCGGUUUCGAGAAUUUGCUCCGUAACAGUUUCGAACAAUUUUGCAUAAAUUAUACGAACGAGGUCCUGCACCAGCUAUUCAUCAAUUUCAUGUUCAAAAUGGAACAAAGUACCUAUGAUUUGGAACGGAUAAAUUGGGGGCCGAUCGAAGUUGUGAGCAAUAAGGGAGUUUUGGAUUUGAUUGCACUGGGACCAAUGAGUGUUAUGUCAAUUAUGGAUGAAGAAAGCGUUCUUCCAAUGGGUACUGAUCAAGGUAUGCUCAAAAAAUUACACAUCCAUCAUGAGAGCAAAGAAGGACUAUAUUUUAGGCCUCAAUCUGAUUUAGACAAAUCAUUUGGCAUAGCUCAUUAUGCUGGGACUGUUUUCUAUCAUUCCAAAGGCUUUAUUGAUAAAAACCGUGACAACUUUUCUUCUGAUUUACUUGAGCUUCUACAUGGGAGUGAAUUCCGACUUCUUAGACUGCUCUUUGAUGAUGUCUACGACUACGACAUGUCAGUGAUGCGGAACAAACAUCCUACCGUUGCUAGCCAUUUCAGAAAAUCACUGCAAAAUUUAGUCACAAGUUUGGAGCAGAAAGAACCUUUCUUUAUAAUAUGCAUUGUACCAAAUGCAAUUAAACAACCACUGUUCAUGGAGCGUGAAAUCGUUUACAAGCAAAUGCGUUAUAUGAGCUUGCUAGAAAUGGUAAGGAUUCGAAAAUCAGGUUAUCCUAUCCGAUAUCAAUAUGAGUAUUUUGUGGGACGUUAUCGGUUGCUUGUCGAUGGUAUUGGCCCUCCGCAUAAAAUAGAUUGUCGUGUGGCAUCACGACGAAUUUGUGAUAUUGUUUUGGGACCGAGAGCUGAUAUUAGGCUGGGUAAAACAAUGGUAUUCUUGAAAGAAGCCCAACACUUGCUACUACAGCAGGAACAAGAGCGUAUGUUGAUAUUGCGUGUAACAACGAUUCAGAAAAUCAUUCGUGGAUGGAUUCAUCGGACACAAUUCAAACAAAUGAAAGCUGCCGCUAUUAUCAUCGAAAAAUACUGGCGUGGCUACGUGCAACGUCAGCGAUAUCGUCAG